UAAGCUCUCGCUCGCCGGCUUUGCAUCAUCAGCCCACGCGAGCUUGCGCUGCCGUAUAGGCACACGGGCUCGCGGAAUUCCGUAAAAGUGCUAAGUUUCACUCAGGCCAGCUGGUCUACUGCUCGGAUGUAGGUUUUCGCGGACCUGUCUUUCGCCAAGUGUCUACAAGACGCUCUCGGCGUUGUCAUCAGAAAAGUUGGGAAAAGUAUAAGCCCGGGCAACCUGGCGAAUUGAAGGUUAUAUUGUGCAGAGGCGACGACGUGCACGAGAGAGAAAGAGAGAGAGAGCUGACGUAAAAGCACAUGCGAUUGGUCGAUAGUAUGACGAAACCAGCGGGCAGCUUUGCGAGGUGCAGCAGACGAUGAUGAAGCGAGCAGCAGCCGUCAUCUGAACGAGAUAUACACACUUGCGCGUACAACACACGAGAGAGAGAGAGAGAGAGAGAAGCUUUACUCCGAGAAUCGGGAAAAACGGCGAGUCGCCCGCAGUGCUGCUAGGCCGCUCCUCGAGAUCUCCACGGUGAACGGCUGACAAGGAGGCACCGAGAUGGCGAGCGUGGACAACGAGCUGGAGGAGGUGAUGGCCCACCUGGGCGAGUUCGGCAAGUUCCAGGCCUGGCAGUUCUCGCUGCACAUAAUCGGCGCGCUGACCGCGGGCCUGCACAUGAUGACCCUGAUGACGGUGGCCGCGGUUCCCGACGCCCAGUGCGAGAUCACGCUCGGCGAGUACUCGCGCUACGGCAACGGCAGCGGCGAGGGCUUCGAGGUGCUGGACAAGUGCCACUUCGUCGACCCGAGCAACGAGACCCGGGCCUGCAGCCUCUGGAGCUACGACCGGACCUACUUCCAGUCGUCCCGGGCCAUCGAGUGGAACUUUGUCUGCUCGCAGCGCUGGAUGGGAGCGCUGGCCCAGUCGGCCUACAUGUUCGGCGUGUUCGUCGGCGCCGUGAGCCUCGGCAGCAUGGCCGACAAGUACGGGCGCAAGAUCAUCUUCUACGUGUCCUCGGUGGCCCAGCUGGUCCUGGGCGUCUCGGUGGCCCUGAUCCCCGAGUACUACACCUUCCUCGUGGUGAGGUUCCUCUACGGGAUCUUCGGCUCGGCCGGGGCCUACAUCACCGGCUUCGUCCUCACGAUGGAGCUCGUCGGCGCGUCCAAGCGCACAGUCUGCGGACUCAUGUUCCAGCUGGCCUUCGCCGUGGGCUUCAUGCUCGUGGCCGCCUGGGGCGCCCUGGUGAAGGACCGCAUGUGGCUGCAGAUCAUCUACGGGCUGCACAGCGCCGCGCUCCUCGGGCACUGGUGGCUCAUGGACGAGUCGCCCAGGUGGCUCUGGGCCCAGGGCCGCAUCGGCGAGGCCCUCGAGAUCGUGCAGAAGGCCCUGCGCAUGAACGGCAGCCCCGUCCAGCUGGAGGUCCAGAAGUACGCGGCCAGGGGCAAGCUGCAGGAGGUCAGCGAGGAGGACGGCGACGGCUCGCGCAGCGCGCUGGACCUGCUGAAGACGCCGAACCUCCGGGCCAAGACGCUCAACGUCUGCCUCAACUGGUUCGCCAACUCGAUCGUCUACUACGGGCUCUCGCUGAACACGGGCAACCUCGUGGGCAACCCCUUCCUCAUGAUGUUCCUCAGCGGGCUGGUCGAGGUGCCGAGCUACAUCUUCAUCUGCUUCGUGAUGGACCGCACCGGCCGGCGGAGCCUCAUCAGCACGCUCAUGCUGAUCGGCGGGAUCUGCUGCAUCUGCGCCACCUCGAUACCGCGCGACGUGGCCGGCGGGGCCGCCGGCACGGUCGGCAUCGUCCUCUUCGGCAAGGCCUGCAUAGCCGGCUCCUUCGCCAUCAUCUACAACUACACGGCCGAGCUGUUCCCCACGGUCCUGAGGAACACGGCCCUGGGCAUCGGCUCGAUGUGCGCCCGUCUCAGCGGAGCCCUCACCCCGAUGAUCAUGCUGCUGGACUCGUUCAACCCCAAGGUGCCGGCCACGGUCUUCGGGUUCAUCGCCCUCCUCGCCGGGUUCCUCGCGCUCUACCUGCCCGAGACGGUGAACCAGCCGAUGCCCGAGUCGCUCGAGGACGGGGAGAACUUUGGCAAGGGCGACACCUGCUUCUCGAGCUGCGUCAACCGGCGCAGGGUCAAGGACAAGCGGGCCUACGAGGUCGCCCUGCAGAAGGUCGACGACCUCGAGCACGACAAGGACUACCAGAAGUGCUAGCUAUUACACCUGUGCCUCUAUAUCGACGAAAGUAUAUGUACAUGAAAGUAACUAGAGUUUUAACUUAAUAUAAUUACGAUAUCUGUAGGUAAGCGAUACCGCGUUAUUUGCAUUGUCGCUAGGCACCAUAGCAGACAUUUUUAUAGAGAUAUUGUCAGGAGUUAUAUUUUUAUUAUACCUGAUCAUCGUCGAGCCAUUCAUUUCCGAUCGAGUCCCACAGGUGAAUGCGCGCGGACGUAAUAUACUAACGUGUACAUAUAGCGUGCAAGUAGUGUGAUAGCGAGAGAGAGAGAGAGAGAGAGAGAGCAGUAGGCGAAUCCUGUCGUAAUAAUGGAUUGUCGCUAUGACUCAUCAAGAAACGUGUUCCUAAUGCGUGUGGCGGGCGAGUCGUGCGCCGUUUGUAAUGGACGACUAGUGUGCGCGUGUGUGUGUAUGAGUGUUUUUAUUAUUGACGUAUACCAUUGUACGUAUUCGGAGGUCGCAAAAUUGCGGGGUUAUUGUCGUGCACACACACGUGUGCUGUGUGUGUGUGUGGGGGGGGGGGGGGGGGAUCGCUCGACAAUGGAGCUUUUUGUGUAUAGGUAUUAUACUACUGUGCAUAAAAUAAGAAAUGAAACAAGCAUAAUUGGUAUGGAAGAAAUUUCCUGUAAUUUUGUAAUUCGAGUCGACGAUAUUAUUUUAUAUCCUCGAUUAAGUUGACCUUUAUAGCACAGAUUUGUAAGAUGCGAUGAGUUUAAUAUUAUAAUAUUACGAGCAACGCGUUUAAUUAAGUUAAAAUAAUGUAUGUAAUAUAAUGAUGGAAAUUCGCUCUGUAUACAUUGAAAGUGUAAUUUUAUGCCGCUUUUGUGUUUAUAUAUCCAUAACGACGUAAACUGAAUAUUAUUUGAAAUCCGUGUCUAUAAUAUAAGUAAUCUGCACUACGUCCACACGCGCACUUUUAUAGAUAGAGAAAAAGCGGUGUCUAUAUAUGUUAUAUAUUUCAAUACACACAAAGAGGUCAACAAGUUUUAUCCCACGUACACACACGCGUAUUACAAAAUAAUGUAACAUUGAAGAAAGGCGAUGUAGAAAGAUCGAACUGUACACAAGAAUAAUUUUUUAUUAAAGCACUUUCUUGAAUAUAUAUAAACAAAAGGUC